AUGCGUUUCCUCUUCCAUUUCCGAUGCAGUCUGGCUGCCGUCGCGGCUCUCGCCGAAGCUACCCGAUGGCCCAACGUCGUCUCGAUCACCGGCUCCACCUUUGGCGCGGGCUCUCUUCACGAGCAGACACAGUUGUUUCAAUGCGAUGAAGCCGGCACGCGCGUGAGCUGGCAAGGCGCGUGGUUCGCGUCGACGUACACGCGGGGCCUUGUCACUGUGGCCAUCAUGCCCAUCUUUGCGUACCUCAAGCUACCACCCAACGCAUCGCUUUUGCUAACGAAUGGGAGUGCGAACGUCGACCUCAAUACGUUCUUCGCGCCCGACACGGUCUUCAACGACGUGGCAGGACCGCGCACGUACCAAACGAUGCUCCGCCUUCUCUUGGACGCGCCGUGCAUGAACGCCAGCAGCAGCAACUAUGGGGUGCGGCUCGAUGCGUUUGUCCCGUCCGCGCAAGAAGACGUCAUUUUUGAAGCCAACGCGACGUCCGAGCGCCAAGACGUGUGCGGACGAGACCAGAGCGAGCACGUGACGUGCUCGUACAGUCCGUCGGCGCCGCGCCAGUCCAUGUACGCGUUCGGGCGGCCCGUGGCGCGUAUUAUUGUCAACCCUGGAUCGCAGUCGGCCGAGGGCUGCACGGGCUGGCUCUGGGGCUCGGCCGGGCACUUGAUCACGAACCACCACUGCAUUGGCUCGGAGGCAGACGCAUUGAACGCCCAGUUUCAGUUUGUUGCCGAGAGCUACCUCUGCAGUGGCAACCGCAAUGGCGUGUGCGCCGGUGUCACGGAAGCGAUCACGGCCACCUUGAUCUAUACGAAUGCAACGCUCGACUUUACGCUGGUGAAGCUUCGGGCCGACCUUCCGGCCAAGUACGGGUAUCUCCAAGCCGCUCCGAGUCCGGCGUCCGUGGGCAUGCGCGUGUACAUGCCGCAGCAUCCGCGCGGCGGAUGCAAACUCCUCUCGUACCUCAACGACGACGACCAAUUCACGACCAUCUCGAGCCUCGCGACGCCUGGCUGCGAUCGCAAAGGCGGCUACGCGUACAACGUGGACACGGACGGCGGGUCGUCCGGGUCGCCGGUUCUGAGCAAGGACACCAACACCGUUGUGGCGUUGCACUAUUGCGGCGCAACGGCCUGCCGAAACGCAGGUAUUCCGAUGCUAUGGAUCACGCAGGACCUCGGACGGCACAAUCUCUUGCCGCCCAACGGCAUCGCGAGCGGGGCGCCCCCUCUCGUGCCGCCGUUCAGCGACCCGACGGUGAGCCCGUAUGGCACCAACCUCCCCGGCGUGGAGUCGCCCUUUACAAAGCAGGCCGUCAUCGACGGCGUCAUCAUCCAAGUCGGGUCGUUCGCAAACGGAUGGGCUACGAAUGUCGACCACAUCACAUUUCAGCUGGCGACGCCCGGCGUUGUUGUUGUCGACGUCCUCUCGUUCGAACGGGAUGGCUACAAGCAGGCGUUUGCCGAUGUGAACGAUGACUGCCGCAUUGCGUAUCUGGACACGAUGAUCUACGUCUUCUCCAACGAUUCCACCGUGCAGUACACGCCCUAUGCCAACGAUGACGUCGACUCGGUGGAUCCGAAUGCGGGCAAGGCCGACGGCAGCAUCUCGCCGUACGACUCGUAUCUCGUGGCGGUGCUACCCGCCGGUGCGCACACGGUUGCGAUCGGCGCCACAAACCUCGGGCUUGCCGACGCGAGGCGCGGGCGUAAUGGCUACCCGUACACCCAGCUUCUGGGCUGCUCGGGCGUCGCCACAGAGACUGGCGACAGCGGCGCCUACCGCGUCACUCUCUCGGCGACCGUGCCCCUCACGAUUAAGCACUCGAAUGCCGCGCCAAAGAUGGCCGAGUGCGCCAUGGAAGGCGAGGCAGCGCUCAUUCGUCAAUGCGAAGCCAUUCUCGAUGCUUCGUACGAGAUGCACUGA